UAUAGCAGGGAAACCCUUGCUUCUCACUUCACAUAGCUUCUCAAUCCGGCAGAAAACUCAUCAACUCUGCAGAUAAUUGGAGGUGGAUUUGUGACUAAUCACAUAGAUCGGGGUGAUCGGCGAGACGAAAGCAGUUAGGUACCAGCUUAUUACACAGAUUUCCGCGGCCCAAUAGUACAUUAACAGCCAACUCGCCAGACGUCGCAACCUCCUCAUUAUCACCAUACCUUAGAACUUUAUUACAACAAUCAAACGCUCAGAAACGAUGUCUGCAACGAAACCCUUCAACCCGUUUUAUUCAGAGAGGCUUAUAUACCGCGCUGUUGAAGAUACAAUCUGGGAUGGGGAGUUUGUAAAUCGCAUCCAGAAGGAUGCAGAGGCGCAAUCCGGUUCUUCCUACAGACUCUUGACCCCCGAAAGUAUGAAGAUGAGCAAGGAGUUCAAACAGCAUAUAGCCGAAAAAUGUCUUCUCGGGGCCAUUAUCUGCCUGCCUGAUACCACGGACGUUAAAAAUCCACCUUCUAGUGGAAUAGCUGGAGAAGCAGUCGGUAUUAUAUGUCUUAAAUCGAACCCGCCGCAUCUUGCGCACCACAGGUGGUCGGAUAUCAGCAUCGAUAUUGCGAAGGCACAUAGAGGAAAGGGAUAUGGUGGCGAAGCAAUCAUGUGGGCGCUAUGGUACGGUUUCGCGAUGGCGGGGUUGCAUCGCAUCCAGAUUGGAGCCUUCUCGUUUAACGACGGUGCCGUAAGGUUAUACAAGAAACUAGGGUUCACGGAAGAAGGGAGACAACGCGACUACAUGUGGUUCAACGGUGGCUGGCAAGACUACGUCUUGUUCAGCAUGUUAGAAGAUGAAUGGCGAGAGAAACAGAAGAAAACCGAAAAGGAGGCGUGAAUGCUGCUGGAGGUGGGGUCAUACCUAAACGAAGAUUUGGAGGGCGUAUUAGAUGGCUAUAA